CUAUUCAUCGUGACGAGUGGUUAAAUGUGUUUGUUUUAGUGUUUAAGUUUUUUAGAGACAAAAAAUAAAUUAAGGGCAUUAGAGUAAAUUUAACAUAAUUAGGACGACGAAUAAAGAUUUUUAGGGCGACGAAUAACAAUCCAAAAACAAAUAAUAGAAGCUCCUUUUCUUGCCCAUUCAACAAUUUUUGGUUGACAGAAUCACACUCACACAGCGCUAAGGGUUAAAGGAAAAGCCCAAAGAGACAACGUAAUAAGAUGAGGGCAAGAGACGAAAGCCCAGAGCCCGUGAGUUAAGAAAGGUCAAACCAAACAACAGCCCAUUAUUUAAAGUGUCGGGCCCGUUGAGAGAAGAAAGGCCAGAGCCCAACUUCGGCCCGUUGUUCAAAGUCGCGGUUAACAACAGUGGAUGAAAAAAAUAAAAUUACAACUCAAGGAAAGGGCCCAACCGGGUUCGAACCGGUGACCUAUUGAUCUGCAGUCAAUUGCUCUACCACUGAGCUAUGGACCCAAGAUGUGAAUAAUAAUGAUUUUAUCUAAUUUAUUUAAAAACAGCUAGUUAAAGCUAACUUUUUUGGUGGUAGUUUGGUAAUUUUCCAAAGCAGAUGAACAGAGUUUAGGGAUCAGGAAGCGGAACCGCAAAUCCGGAAAGAGAUUUCUCACUCAAAUCUAUCCCUCCCCGUCGCCGUCGGAAGCCACUCUCCGGUCGCUGCCUUUCCCGCCGCCUCCGAGCAGCAAAGCUGCAUAAGGCAGUGCAGUACUGCCCGCCGCUGGUGGAUUGCAUAUAGUAUAUAGCCGCCGAGUUAUUCACUUCACCUUGGACGGCUAGUGGAAACUUCAGCGACGAAGGAUGAGAUUAGCGCUUCUGGUUUUCUGUUCUACACACUCCACAUUCCAUUGCCGACCUUCUAUGUUCCCUCGUUCUCCAUAACUGUGAUGGCGGUAGCUCUCAUCGGGACGGAAUGUGUCGAGAAGUUCAAUUGUUCGAUUCAAAGAUGUAGGUUUUUGCUUCCCGCUAGCAGUCUGAGCUCGUGAUCUCUAGAACCAGCAAAGCAAAGGAAUUGGCUUCACUGCCGCCCUCUUCCGCAUCCAAAACCGUGGCUUCUCCCUCCAAAUCACGCCCGGACAUCUCCUGCAUAGCCCGCGCCAUUCUGCGCCAGUCUUCAAACGGCCAGCUCCGGGAAGCAGUCUCUUCGCUUGAGCAAUUGACCCGCAGAGGAAUUCGCCUUCCCUGCGAUACGCUAGCUUUCCUCGUCAAGAAGUGCGCCGAGUGGAAGUCGCUGAAAUUGGGGAAAUGGGUCCAUCUCCACUUGAAGGUGACAGGACUGAAACGACCCAACACGCUCUUGUCCAACCAUUUGAUCUACAUGUACUCCGAAUGCCGUGACCAUAUAGGCGCCCGGAAGGUGUUCGACAAAAUGGUACACAAGAAUCUCUACUCUUGGAACCAUAUGCUUUCUGGGUAUGCUAAAAUGGGCAUGGUAAAGCCGGCCAAGAAGCUUUUUUAUAAAAUGCCGGAGAAAGACGUUGUCUCCUGGAAUACUAUGGUGUUUGGGUAUGCAAAGAGUGGGUUAUGCGCGGAGGCUUUGGAUUAUUAUAGGGGAUUGAGGAGGGCGGGGAUUGGAUGCAAUGACUAUACUUUUACUGGUUUGCUGACAAUUUGUGUGAAGUUGAAGGAAAUUCAGUUAACUAGGCAGGCUCAUGGCCAGGUUCUGGUUAUGGGUCUUCUAUCCAAUGUAGUCGUGUCAUGCUCAGUUCUUGAUGCUUAUGCAAAAUGUGGAGAGAUGGGUUUCGCUCGUAGUUUAUUUGAAGAGAUGAAAGUAAAGGACGUGCUGGCAUGGACAACGAUGGUUUCAGGUUUUGCCCAAUGUGGGAACAUGAAGACGGCUACUGAGUUCUUCCAUUUGAUGCCUGCAAUGAACCAUGUUUCCUGGACGUCUUUGAUCGCUGGGUAUGCCCGACAUGGUCAAGGGCACAGGGCUCUUCAGUUGUUUGCUAGAAUGAUGGCAUUCCGCAUUAGACCAGAUCAAUUUACAUUUAGCAGUUGUCUUUGUGCUUGUGCUAGUAUAGCUUCUCUAAAGCAUGGGAAACAGGUACAUGCUUAUAUGACACGCAUGAAUUUCAGGCCUAAUGCAAUUGUUGUGAGCUCUCUCAUCGACAUGUAUGCAAAAUGUGGGUGUUUGGAUGCUGGUAGGCUGGUCUUUGAUGCCACGGGUGUUAAGAAAGACGUUGUCUUGUGGAAUACAAUGCUUUCUGCCCUAGCACAGCAUGGCCGUGGUGAGGAAGCCAUUCGCAUGGUCGACGAGAUGAUAUGUUCAGGGGUAAAGCCAAAUAGGAUAACGUUGAUCAUCCUCCUACAUGCUUGCAGCCAUUCCGGUCUUGUGCAGGAAGGGCUGAGGGUCUUUGAGUCUAUGACCCUUAGUCAUUGUGUCGUGCCAGAUCAAGAGCAUUAUGCUUGCUUAAUCGAUAUCCUUGGACGGGCUGGAGAUUUUGACAAUUUGAUAAACCAGCUUCAGAAAUUGCCUUGUGAGCCCAACGAGCAGAUUUUGAGUGCUCUACUUGGUGUUUGUGCAAUCCAUGGGAAUAUGGAGCUGGGGAAAACAGCUGCUGAGCAGCUUAUGAAGUUGGAGCCUCAAUCCCCUGCAGCCUAUGUACUAUUGUCAAGCAUACAUGCUACACUUGGGAAAUGGGAUUCGGCGGAGCAAUUCAGAGAACUCAUGGAAAAAAGACAGGUAAAGAAGGAACAGGGCAUUAGCUGGAUAGAGCAACAGAACAAUCUGCACACAUUCACUGUAUCAGAACAAUUAGCUGGUCACCAUGAAGAAGAAGAAGAAGAUGAAGAAGAAGAUGUGCCUUCAUCGCCCAUUGAUUAAAGGUAGAAGUUUUGCUCUGUCAUCAACAUUAAUGGAUGUCCACUAGAAGUCCAUUAGCUUAUCACCUUCACUGGGAUAAGAAAACAUUUAGGGGUCGUUUGUUUCAUGGAUUUAAAAAUGAGGGUUUUGUAAUUUAAAAAUCCAAGGAUUUAUCAAGGAUUUGAGGCAUCAUGGAUUUGUAACAAUCCUUUGUUUGUUGGAAUAUUUUUAUCAUGGAUUUAAAGGUGUGGGAUUUACUACUUGAAGUAAAAAAUUACAUUACUGCCCUUUUCUAUACGUUUGACAUGUUUAUGACAUGUACACAAAACAAGGACAAAACUUCAAAAUUACCUUACUAUCAUUUUCUAUAUGUUUGACAUGUUUAUGAUAUGUACACAAAACAAGGACAAUACAUACUAAUAAGCAUAAUGUUGCCACAUGGACAAUAAUAAUAAACGAGAAAAUUCCGUUUUAACUUUUAACGUAACAUAAUCAAUUACAAAUUCUUUGUCCUCCUUUUCAAAAGUAACAUAUAACAACAUAUAUUAGAAUCGGGAGAACAAAGAAUUACACGUUCCAUGAAAAGGUCAAAGAAAACUAGAACACAAGAAAUGAUAUAAAAAAUCUAACUCAUGUUUGCACAUUAAUUGAACGUUUAUAUUAUUCAUUUAUUGUUAAUUAUAAUGUAUAAUAGUUAAAUUUGAGGGCAACCUUGAAAUAUUAAAAGUGCAUGAGGAUAUAUGGGUAAAAUCUCAUCAAGGAUUUAUGCCAUAUUCCAAAUCCCACAUCAACGUGUGAGAUUUAUAAGUCCGUGGGGUCCACGAAUUUGGACCUUUAAAAUCCGUGGGCCCCACGGAUUUGGUCUCCAAAAAAAGUGCAAGCAAACAACGGAUUGUACCUAAAUCCCUGAUAGUUGAUUUUUUAUUUUUUUUAUACCAAAUCCAUGUACCAAAUUCUUGAAGCAAACGACCCCUUAAUUCCCCUCCCUUUAGCAAACCUCUCAAUUCUGAAGGUUGCAUAUUUCUUUUAUGGAUUUCACAGAGUUCAGAUAGGCAAUGAGAUGAAUGACAGCAUACUUCACAUUUUUGUAGCUGUAUGCCUGUAUACAAGAGAUUUAUGGAAAAUAAAGAUCGUGAAAGUAU